ACGAAGCAGGGAGGACGGAUACCUGUCGCUUCAACGUAAUUUUCAUGAUGGUAUUUGCGAUAAUGAAGUAUUAGACUGUUUUAGUUGCCUUGUAUUUUGACAAACUGGCAUUCGGUCUUUGUAUCAUAUAUGAAAAAUUCGUGACACUUCAGCCGCGGCUUGUUCACAAUGCAGCAAAUGUUAACUUAUGUUAGCUAACAUUACUUAAUGCCUCAAAUGAUGGAAUCGCUAUGCGAGUAUUUUAUGUAUUUUCCUGCUGCUCCAAUAUCGAGUCUCUCAGACCCGGUGGAGUACAGAACUCUUCCGCGGCGGCAUCACGUCUACCUCGGAGAGACCGUCCAGUUCCUGUUGGUACUGCGGUCCCGGCACCCAACGGGGAAGAAUGACAGCCCCGGUGGUUCACCUUGGAAGGACCAGGUGGCAUCUCUGUAUGCCCUGGCGAGUGUCUGCGUCGCCGAGAGUCGGCAGCAGAGACGCGGUGAGAGCCAGCCAGACAGUGCGAGCAGCAGCAGCGAGGACGGCGGGGAUGAGGAGCCCGUGGAGAGGGAGUCUGGAAGCCGCGGAAGACCGAACAGCAACCGGGCUUUCAGACAGUGCAACCUACUUCUAGUUCACAACAGCCCGGCUGCUGAUGGGAGACAGGAUGGGAAGGAACCGGUGAAGUCUGCUGUGGUGUUGGAUGACCAAGUUAUCUUCUGUCUCACUGUCUGUCUGGACAAGCUGCCAGUCAACACACUCAAAGCCAAGAUCAUAGUGACGGUGUGGAAGCAGGAGGAGGAAAAGGUGGAGGUGAAGGAACAUGGUUACCUGACUCUUCUGCAACUCAGGAGUCCGACACACACCUUCAGACAGGACCAGAACAACUUCAAGGCACAGGUCAGCACCACCCUAAAUGUCCUUCCACCUCCCAGCAUCCAGUGUCAGCAGGUGACCGUCUCUGGAAAACACUUGACUGUUCUCAAAGUGUUGAACUGCGCCUCUCAGGAGGAGGUGUGCAUCAGAGAUGUGAAGAUCCUCCCUAACUAUAACUCGUCCUACCUCCCUGUGAUGCCAGAUGGUUCAGUUCUCAUUGUUGACAAUGUCUGCCACCAGUCAGCUGAGGUCACCAUGGCUUCAUUCUGUCGAAUAGGCAGCAAGUCAUCGUGUUUACCUUGCAAGCUCAGUACCCUGGAAGAGCAGAACUUCCUGUUCCAGCUGCAGCUACAAAACAAAGCAGAGGAGGACUCCAGUGAGGGUUUGGAAGUUCCAUUGGUGGCUGUGUUACAAUGGUAUACUCCAGCACUUCCUUUCACAAGAUACAUUUCUAGCUGUUACUCGUUGCCUAGUAUCCGCUUGGAUCGUCCUCAGCUGGUGAUGACGGCUUCCUGCCCAAGUGCCAUCAGGCCUCUGGAGCACUUCUGGGUAAAAUACACCCUGCUGAACAACUUGCAGGACUUCCUGGCCGUCCGUCUGAUCUGGAAUUCUGAAGCUCAUAGUCAUCUAUGUCAGCAGGAGCCCAGAGUGGGAGCAGUGGUGUGCCAGUCUCCACUCAAUAACCUGGGACAGUGUAGGAAGGGCUCCAGCCUCUCCUGCACCGUGGCCUUCCAGAUCCUCGGGACUGGACUCUUUGAGUUAAGCCAGCAUAUGAAACUGAAGCUCCAGUUCACAGCCUCGGCAUCCACUCCUCCAGCAGGGCCUCGAUCGCCACUGUCAUCCGGCCCUGCAGCCAGAGAGCUCCUGGAGAGACGCAGCCUGGGCCGAUCUCAGAGCUUCUCCCACCAGGAGCAGCAGCCGUCCAGGUCGCACCACAUUAGAUCAGGCAGUAUGAUGGAGGGUCGGGCUGUCUCGCCCCCUGUGGGAUCUCCAGUGGGCAGAGCCCUCUACCUGCCUGCUGACCACGCCCCCAUUUCACUGAACAAAAUAGCCAAGAGAGAGUGUAAGGUGUUAGUGCUGGAACCAAUCCAGGAGGCAGCCUGCAGAUGACCUGUGGAGGAGUUUUGUACUGAGAUUACAUCUGCGUUUUGAUCCUUCUGUCCAACCACCGGAGCCUCGUCUUCUGCUUGAAGGAGGAUAUUUUCGAGAUGGCCUGCCGUCACCGAGACUUGGAAGGGGAGAUAGAAGGAGGGGUGGAGUAAAUGGCCGGAGUGGAGGAGGAGGAGGAGUGGUGCUGAUGUGGUGAGAAAAAGAAAAGCCAUUCAUUUCACUGGUUCAUCAUUUCACUGGACAACUUUACCUCUGCUCCUUCCAAUUAACAUUUUUAUCCCAUCAGAGUUUUAUUAGAUUUUUUUUGACUUUUUUAAAAACAUGUUCCUCAAGCCUACAUUCCAGGGGUGAUUGAAUUCCCUUCCUGUGUUUGUGUGAUUUUGCUGAUAUGUACAUUUACAUUUUAUUAAAGAGUAAUGAUUGACGGAUUUUUGAAAGGGCAGCUCUUGGUGUCCUUGUGGGACUCCCAGUCAGGAAACCCCCAGAUUGCCUUUGCUGGUGUUGAGACCAGGAAGCAGCGAUAAAAUCUGGAUGGAUUCAGUAAUUUGAAUUUCUCUUGAUAAAGUAAAAGCAAAACAUUUUGUGAAGUACACUUGUUUUGCCGUCAAACCCAUCGUUGCAGCCAGGUUCCAACACCUGGUGGAAGCCUGAAACCAGAACAUUUUAUACACUCAUGGUGUAUAAAAUGCUCCGCUAUCACAUAUAACUAUCGCUGGAAUAUUUAUCUGUCUGCAUUCCUUUAGCUUAUGUAAUGUGUCCCGCUAACUUGAAAGCUAGCCCCCAUAGUCAGCUGGGUUUUGCUCAGAAAGAGCGCGUGCUAAGCUAAAUAUGUUCCGAGAUGUUGAUCCUCUAAAUCUGUUUGCUUUAAUGAGCCAGGACAGAUGCUUCCUGUGGGAAAUGUUCGAAUUGAGAGACUUCAGGUUCUAAAGCUGAACAUGUAACUGCAACUUGCGCUUUUCCUAUGCAGAAGAGGUUUUUGCACUCAGUCUUUCCACUGGUUAAUUUACUUCAUUCCAGUUGUCUUUGUUCUGGAUUCUUUUUCACUGAGUAGCAGCUGACGUUAACAGUCAUGUAUAAUGUGAGUUUCUUUUCUCUGGUGAUAGGACCAUUAUAGUCUCGAGUUGAGUGGAAGAUGUACUCAGGUAGUGUCUUUUAAAUGGCUGGAAAUCAGUUUCUUUGGGUGUUUCCUAAAAAGAUGUUUCCCCCCCAGAUGCACCCUAGGUGUCCUAAGACAUAUUAUUUCUGGCGUCACCUGGUGAGGGGGGGCGGGGGCUUAUAUGUUUUGGGUGCUAAGUAUGGGAGGAAAAAAAGAGACCAUGUUUGGUCAAUGUUGAGACAAUUAUUUCAGUUGAUUUCGUUGUUCCAGAAGAAAAAGUGUUAAUGACUAGAAACACUGACAGAAAUCAGAGAUAAUCUGUUUAGUAAAUAGAAACUUUAUUCUUCGUAUGUGUUGAAUUGUUUACCUGUCACUGUGAUUUACAAUUCAAAUCCAAUAGAAUGUCGUCAUGUAAAACUACUGCUGGUUCAACCUUGCAGGUCAUCACUUAAAACAUUGUCAACUUUUCAAGCUUUUUCUCCAGAUGUCAAUCACAGGGACUCAAUACACAUCUGGAGAAAAGCAGGAUUACGAAGUCCUUGCUGGUGAUACCUCAAGGCUGAAAUGUUCUUCACACUCUACAAGAGUUGAGUGUUGGACAACAGACAAAAAUGCUGCUGAUUGAUGAGGUUAAAUGUAAAUGUAAUGUACUCAGUAAAUGUAACGUUUACCCUGAAGACUUAAAGAUACAGUAUCUCAAUGAAGGGUUCAUCAUCUGGAGUAUAAAUGUGCUUGCUCACAUGUCGUGUUGGUUAGGGGUGAUCUUAGUGGCUUUUGGCGACUCCACCAAUGUCAUCUUCCUCUUAAAAAAACUGAACACUUAAUGGAAAGCCAACAGUAUGUUUGUAACCAUUCCAGUGUUGAAGCAGCUGCACUGGAAUAGUGGACUGUUGAGUUUGGCUGGACGCAAACUACAAUCUGAAUGUGCCUUUUCAUUUCAAUCUUUGCUACUGAUCCUCUUCUCUAACGCCUUAAAUGUUCUGACUCAUAUUCAGUGUGAGGAAGAUUAUUAUUGUUGAACUUUCCAGUGUGAUGUAUGUUUUUUUUUUUUUUAGGGAUUUCCUGUUUUCUCCCCACUUUGAGAAAGUAAUAGCAAAUAAAGUAUUUAUAAAGUUG